AAAGUCCAUGUAUAACAAUCGAUACAAAAGCAGUGGAAUAGGGACAGGUGUUUCUGUAAAUAUACUGCGUGUAAAUAUUGCCAAAUGCAUGCGGUAAGCCCCGUAAGCAAAUAUUGCGAUUUAAACUGACUGUAAUAGGGAAAUGUGUGGCUACAUUGUAAAAAUACAACAUUUAAGUCAAUUGUAAGCGAAACUCGAUUCUCUAAACUUUCAUAUAAAAACGAUCGAAAUGGGGUUGCACAUCAUUCAGCAUUUCUCAAGCAGAAAUUAUCAGCAAAGAAAGAUUAAAGUGACGAAAACAGCUUAUAUUUUUACAACAAUAUGAAGUUCUUUCAGAUUAUUGCCCUAUUCCUGCUCAUCAGCGUAUUGGCAGAUGCGUCAAAGCAAGCUAAGUUGUUCAAGAAAGCUAAACGUGGUUUAGAUCGAAGAACUGUUGAAUUUUUGAAGAGAAAUAAAUGCACAGUGCGGGGAGGGGAGUCAAGAGAAGAUAUAGGGGUUGCACGAUGGAGUCAAAUAAUUUUUUCCUGUCAUAAUUUGGAACAGGACUUGCCAUCGGUCAUCUGCGAUAAAAAGUGCGUGAACCCUGUUACAUGUCGUAAAAUUCGUGGGGCAAGAAAUGUGCCAGUUCCAAUCGUGUCUACAGUUCAGACAAGGGACGGCAGCUGGGAAGAAGUUACACUGCACGCUGCGUGUACUUGUGUGGCCCGUGGCCGUGUGACGUCAAGGUGUAAUUCAAGAAACAAGUGAACUUAUAUACAACAGAACAAGAGGCCCAUGCUUUACUUUGUUUAAUAACAAGUGUUUUUAAAUAGAAA